UUAGGGAAGUGCGUCUUCUUCGAAGACAAACAAAAACAUCUUUGGAAGUUUCCCUGCUAGAAAAGUAUUCGUGUUCCAAGUUUAUAAUUGCUAUAGGAAAUAACGCAGUAGGUGAAAUCUGUCCCCUGAGUUUAUCGCUCAUGUGGUACCAUCUUUCCAUACACUUGAAAAAUAAGAUUUAAAGGGACUGUUCCUGGCUUCAGGAGAACUUACACGCUCAAGGAACUGUUCUAGGUUUCCCUGUGCCCUCAGCCUGUGUUGGCCAGAUGUGGAGGAGUUGAGGUAGUGGGUACGUGGACCCCUCACAGAGAUGGUUCUUAGAAGAUUUUGAGCAUUUUUGUCGUCGUUUGUUAUGAACUCAGGCAUCUGGGAGGAAGUUGGUUGUGCUAAACUGUGGAAUGAGUGGUGUAGAACCACAGAUGCUGUCAGUCUGUCCCCCACAGAGGCUUUUUGUGUGUUUUAUCAUCUAAAAUCAAAUCCUUCGGUUUUCCUUUGUCAGUGCAGUUGCUACGUUGCCGAAGAUCAGCAGUAUCAGUGGCUGGAAAAGGUUUUUGGCUCUUGUCCAAAGAAGAACAUGCAGGUAACUAUUCUCACGAGUCGACAUAUCACUGACUACAAAACUUCAGAGUCUACCUGCAGCCUGCCAUCUCCUUUCCUGAGAGCCCUGAAAACACAAAAUUUCAAAGACCCUGUGUGUUGUUCGCUGCUGGAACAGCCGAAUAUCGUACAUGAUCUUCCUGCAGCAGUUCUGAGUUACUGUCAAGUAUGGCGAAUUCCUGCAAUUCUGUACUUGUGUUACACUGAUAUUAUGAAACUCGACCCCAUUACAGUAGAAGCUUUUAAGCCUGUACUUUCUUCCAGAAGCUUGAAAGGUUUGGUUAAGAAUAUUCCCCAGAGCACAGAGAUGCUGAAGAAACUGAUGGUCACAAAUGAGAUUCAGAGUAACAUAUACACAUGAUUCUAAAGAUUGUUUUGUGAUGUGUACUACCCACCUAUCCCUUGAAGGGGAGCAGUGUGCCCUGUUUUUUUCUUUUUGAGGGGGGCUGUUUUGAGGGACAGGAAAACAGAAUAAACUUAUUUUAAAUUCA